GAAGCAUCCAACAAGUAGAUCGAGCCUCCAAGACUCCUGUUCUGCCAACAACUGUACAAGGCUGCAAGAGGCAAGCAUAUCAUCAGAGUUCAGAACUUGCUGCCCAUGGCGUCCAUUACGGCUAGCGCAAGUCCAGCCAUGCAAGAACCCAGCAGCAAGGCUGCGAGCAUGUCUCCAGCACGCGCCACUGCAGCCCCGCCGGCUCCGGUGCGCAGCCGGCCGUCGCUCUUGGUCAUUUUCAGCGCCUGCCUCGUCCUCGUCGGCGCCGGCGGCCCGCUCCUCCUCCGCGUCUACUUCGCCCACGGGGGACAGCGCCUGUUUCUGUCCGCCAUGCUGCAGAUCUCCGGCUGGCCCCUUCUCCUCGUGCCCAUCUGCGUCUCUCUGUUCCGCAGCCGCAGCAAGGGCGUAGCGAACCUGAUCCUCCCGCCGCGCCUCGCCGGCGCGGCGGCGGUCCUUGGGGCGUUCUACGCCAUCUCCUGCUUCGUCUACGCGCUGGGCUCGCAGGCGCUGCCGCUGUCCACGUCGGCGCUGCUGCUCGCCACCCAGGUCGCCUUCACCGCGGUGUUCGCGUUCCUCAUCGUUGGGCUCCGGUUCACGCCCUUCUCGGCCAACGCCGUCGUGCUGCUCACCAUCGGCCCGGCGGUGCUCGGGGUCGGUCCCGGCUCCGGGAGGCAUGCGGGCGAGUCAUCGAAGACGUAUUGGACAGGGUUCUGCGAAACCAUCGCCGCGGCAGCGCUGGCCGGGCUUGUGCUGCCGCUCGUCGAGGUCGCCAUGGUGCGGUACGGCCGACGCACGGGACCUGCCGCGAGAGUGCCCCCCCCCUACGUGACCGUGAUGCAGAUGCAGGCCGUGAUGGGCGCCGCCGGUACGGUGGUGUGCCUGCUGGGCAUGGCCAUCAAGAGCGACUUCCAGGCGUUGCCGAGUGAGGCCGCCACGUUCGGGCUCGGCAAGACCAACUACUACCUGGUGCUCAUCUGGGACGCCGUGUCAUGGCAGCUGCUCAACCUGGGGAUCAUGGGGCUCAUCACCUGCGCCUCGUCGCUCCUCGCCGGCAUCAUGAUCGCCGUCCUCCUGCCGCUCUCGGAGAUCCUCGGCGUCAUCUUCCUCCACGAGAAAUUCGAUGGGCCCAAGGGCAUUGCGCUCGUGCUCACCCUUUGGGGCUUCGCCUCCUACCUGUACGGGGAGAAGGCGCUGAAGAAGGUGGAAGCUCAGAAGAACGAGCAGCAGUUGGCUAAGAAGACUGAAGACCUGGAGUUAGCUGCUCCUUGAGGUGGAUUUCUGUUCUGUUUAGGGUUGUGCACGCAUAUAUAUGCAGGUAUAGAAACAAUUUUUCAUUACCUGAGUAGUAUAUAUUUGUAAACAUUUUGCACCACAUUAAUUCAUUUGUAAGGCAGAGCAGAGACAAAACUAAGUACUACGAUUGUAUCAAAGAAAGAUCAAUACAGCUCUUGUCCAAGCCUA